GCUAAUCUGCGCAGCUCCUCCUCUGCCCGGCUCCCGCGUGUGUGCAACCGGGCGGGCGCCUCUGGGGCCUGCAAGUGGCCGGGAGCCGGGGCCCGCUCGCCCCCCGCGGAGCGUGCCCAUGUUCAGCUGCUGGCUCCUCCCCGCCUCGCUGGGCCGCUACGGGCGCGGGGGCUGCUGCUGCCGCCUGCUCGGCGCAGCGGGGUGGGCUCGUCGGCUGAGCGGCGGCGGGGGGCCCUGCUGCGCUGCGCACGGGCCUGGGCAGCGCCGGCCGCGGCUGGGGGCCGCAGCUCCCCGCGGGCAGCCGUGGCGCUGGGCAAAUGAACUGGGUCGACACUCAACUACAGAGGCCUCUCAAGCCACCUUAGCCAGCGUAGUCCCUGUGUUUGCAGUGAUGAAAUUUGACAAGGAAGGAAAUCUUACCUCUUUUGAAAGAAAGAAAACAGAAUUGUACCAGGAACUGGGUCUUCAAGCUCGAGAUCUACGAUUUCAGCAUCUAAUGAGCAUUGCAACUAGAAACAACAGGAUUAUCAUUAGAAUGGAGUUUUUGAAGGCUGUGGUAACACCAGAGUUUCUUCUGAUACUAGAUUAUCGCAAUUUAAAUAUGGAGCACUGGCUGUUCCAAGAACUUGCAUCUCAGCUGUCUGGAGAAGGUCAGCUAGUUACAUAUUCCUUGCCCUUUGAAUUUAGAGCCAUAGAAGCAAUACUGCAAUAUUGGAUCAGCAAUCUGCAAGGGAGACUUAACAUUUUGCAGCCUCAGAUCAUUGAGACGCUGGAAGCUCUAGUGGACCCCAAGCUACUGUCUGUGGAUAGAAGUAAAGUACACAUUUUGCUACAAAAUGGCAAGAGUUUGUCAGAAUUAGAAACAGAUCUUAAAGUUUUCAAAGAAACAAUCCUGGAAAUUUUAGAUGAAGAGGAAUUAAUAGAAGAGCUCUGUCUAACUAAAUGGACAGAUCCACAAGUAUUUGAGGAGAGCAUGUCUGGAAUUGACCAUGCAGAGGAAAUGGAGCUGCUGCUGGAGAAUUAUUACAGACAAGCCGAAGAUCUCGCUAAUGAAGCACGUGAACUCAGAGUAUUGAUUGAUGAUUCCGAAAGUAUCAUCUUCAUCAACCUGGACAGCCACCGUAAUGUGAUGAUGAGACUGAACUUACAGCUGACCAUGGGGACUUUUUCUCUCUCUCUUUUUGGACUGAUUGGAGUAGCCUUUGGUAUGAACUUGGAAUCCUCCUUUGAAGAGGACCACAGAGCAUUUUGGCUGGUGACAGGGAUUAUGUUUUUGGGAAGCGGCCUUAUCUGGCGGCGUUUACUUUCAUUCCUUGGACGGCAUCUAGAACCUUCACUACCUCCUCAAGUGCCCACGUUGCUGAAAAAAACUCAUCCAACAGCUGGAAGAAUUGAAGUAAAAAAUGACCUUAAAACAGAAGCCUUUAUGUCAAGCAGAAGCACGCUGACCAAUCGAUAGAACCGGAGAAAGCAACUGGCUUUUUUUUUUUUGUUACAUGGCGAACUGUACACACACUUGCACACCUGUUUUCCUUAUAGUAAAAAUUAAGAAUUUUUAGUCAUAGAAUGUCAAUCUAUAUCUUAUGCACAAAAAUGUUUUUAAAGUUGAUAUUUUAAUGGCACAAAAGUCAGUAAAUGCAGAGAGAAGAUUCCCAGAGGAUACUUAAUUUUUUUUCUCAUGUGUUACAGUAGAGGAUUUCGCUAGACUACAGCAUGAUGCACAGCUUGCAAUUUCAGGCUCUUACAGUUUGAGGUCUUCCAUCCAAGGACUACUCAGGCCCAGCCUUCAUUAGUUAGGCAUUGACAAGAUUUCAGCCUAGGGCAGUAGUGCUAAAGAUAGAGGCUAACAUUAAAAACAAAAACUGCUAUACUUGUCCUCAAUAGCAGCUGGUUUGAUUUUUGAAAAUCAGGCUACUCAUUCAGGAGCUGAGAGAUGGAAUUAGGAGCCAAACUUUAGGCUUUUAAUAUAGGGUGGUUGGUUUUUCCUUUUUAGUUUUUCAAGGUUGUAUUCACUCUCUAGAGAAUAGGAUACCAGAAGCAGGAAUCAAACUCACAUUUCUUGCAGAGCACUAAACGGGCACAGCCAGACCAACAAAUACAGAAAACUGCUUUAUUUCUAUUAAAUGAAAAAUAAACAAGUUUUGAAUGUCCAGUGCUCACCUCUUCAAAGACUAAUCAGGCCCAAAUGGGUUUUUAAAAUCAGAACAGCACGCCCUUUCAGACUGGUAACAGAUGCACAUUUCAAGCAUGAAAUCACUGCCCUUUCGGUUGUAACUGACUAGAUGUAUUUACAUGUGUAGUAUAUCAGUUCCUUAGUCGAUUAGUAAGAACUUACCUUAGGGCCUGAUCCAACUCUCAUUUAAAAAAGAAAAGUCAGACUUUUUUCCUGACCUGACUUGUUUCCUUUCAUCUCUUUCUGAAGACAUAGAUGACCAGGAUCAUGAAGUAUACUGCAGUUGUCUUGCAGCUGGUUUUAUUACUACACAGGUGGGUGAGAUUAGGGGCAAAUGUGGGAUGAAAAUUGUCUGCAGGUCAGGGGAAUGGGAGGUAGUAGCAAAGUUACGUAACUAAGGGAUACAAAGAUCAGGUCUGACUAUCAAAAAAGUGCUGAUUUGCUUCCUGCAAUGGUGGAAGAGAGUUAAAUGCCUGCUACUUCCACCCACCUGCUAUUUGCCUCUCUUGAGGGCCUUACCCCACUGUGCAGAGUGACUGUAAAACCCUUCUAGAUCAGAAUGGGAACACAGACAGCUGUGCCAAGUACAGGAAGGUAGCUCUUUAGCCAGCAACUUAAACAUUGUGUAAACCACUGCCCACCAGACAGGCUGAAAAAUGUAUUGUAGCAGCAACAGCAUAAUUAAGUGCUCAGGUGAACAGAAAAUGGAAACUAAAGAGUUCAGAAAUUGUUAUACUUCUGCAAGCCUGUGGUCUUUCAAAGUAAAAUCCUGUGUGGCAUCUAAUGAUUAUCAACUAAUUGAUUUAACUUUGUGUAUCUUUACACUUUCAAAGCAUAGCAUCUUACAAGAUAAUGCAUUGUUCUUUCUCUAUAUUUUACUUUAAAGGUAGCAGGGGAUUGGAUGGCAGUUGAAAUCCCCAGUGGCCAAGUCAUUACCAUUUACUGGUUGUCAAGUAACUUUUAGGAAGUGGUUUGGUCUUGGCCCAGCUCCUAGUGGGGAAACUGUUCACAAUAUGCAAACACCCAUGAGGCUGAGGACUAGUGUUGGCAUACCCAGAGAGGGCAAGAAGUGAAUGGGUAUGGAUACUGAGGUUCUGACUUAGGAAAUGAUCCCUUCAGGUCAUGGUUUUGAAAUACAUUGACAGGGCUAUUGGGAAAGCUUGCAUUGUUGCUUCCCCACCUGUAUUUUCUCUGCAGCUACAGGGCAUUAUUUUGACUCCUUUCAUCUGUACUUAAUUGACUUAUGUACAUUAAAAGCAUUUAAAAUAAGACCACUAGUUCUUUUACAGGGCUGCACCAUGUCAUAGGAGUUCCCCAAGUCCAGAAAACCAUUGUAAGUUUAACACCUGGCUCAUUCACACUGCAAAAUGUAGGUGUGGUAACAGAAUUCUGAGCUCAGAAGUGAGAAACUGAAGCCCACUGUGGCUGAUAAGGUUUUGAGUGAAAUUGCCACUGAACCAGACCUGUAAACCCCAGUAGCAACUGAUUCAGCGUUUACAUUAUGUGUAGUUGACAAAGCUGCACUUCAUUUGUAAUACGCAGGACUCUCAAAUAAAACGCCAACUGGUUUUA